UCUAGGCAAGAGUUUUACCCUGUCCAUCUUCAUCUACACCAACCCUCCCCAGAUCGCUACCUACAACCGUGCAAUAAAGGUCACCGUGGAUGGGCCAAGAGAACCCAGACGACCCAAACCUAAGGACCAGGAAUCUCGUCUGAUGCCCCCUCCCAUCAUCAACACCGGCCACCCUCAUCCCUUUGGUGAGAUCAACCCCCAUCAUCCCAACCAUCACAUCGGAAGACAGCAGUCGUAUCAGAACCAGGGGCGCAUGCCCAGAUCAUACCCUCUCAGUCCUACUUCGGGAUCCUAUGAUAAUAUUCAGCAUCAAGGGCAGGCUUCGAAGCCGUGGUCUUACUACAAUCCUUACCAAUCAUCGGUCGCCCAACCCUCGGACACAUCAAUCCUCUCAGCACAGAUCAAGACUGAACCUACGGAGCUUGCGUUGCUAGGUCAGCAGAACUCUACCCUUCAGCAAUAUCCCAAGCCUGAUUCCCUCUACCCCACCUCCAUCACCCGGUCCAGCGAGGUCCAAGACCCCCGCUUCGUCUACCCAUCGACUCCGGCCGCCGUCAGCUCGGUAUCAUUCACGCCUUCUUCCAUGUCAGUGCUGUCAUCCGGGGUCGAAUCACCGCGCACCAUCUUGCCAAUGACCCCCAAUCCGUUCCCUCUGUCAUCUCAAGAUAUCUUCUCAAGCUCCUCCACCGCCACGCCCGUCACUCUAACGUCGCCCCCUUACCUGCCAAACUCACCCCCCUACCCUCUCUACCCGCACCUCUACAUGUCGUCUCCGUCGUCGCAAACCUACUACGAUAGCUCACAUCUACCAAUGCUGCCAUCGUCAACGAGACCGGAGGACAAGCAAGAGAUCAAACAUGAUAACAGACCUGGGGAAGGCAUCCCUCAUAUCCCUCAUCCUGAGAUGUCUCUGACGGUGGCUCUUAACUAUGGUAGCCAUCCUCAAAGCCAGAUUGAACUCAAUACAGCCAGGACCAUGGGACAGAGCAUGGGUGGGAUGCAUAACAGUGGGGUAGCGCUCAUGCAGCAACAUCGAAACCACAGCCCUGUCACUAACAUCUCACCCAUGCAACAAAGCAUGGGACAAAUGAAUAUCAACACCACCGUCGGACAUUUACCCACCGUAGACGACUCAAGAAAAGAGGACGUCUGGCGGCCAUAUUGAAUCCUAGAAGAUCGUUGAGAAACUUUUGAGACUGUCUGUGUGAAGGAUAUGGACUCUAUUUAAUAGAUUUGAAAUCAGCGUAUUCUCUGCAACACUGCUAUGUACCUAGGUAUUGAUUCAGACUUGAUGCAAAGUGGAUUGCAGUGAUCUGCAUAAAUGAUGUGAGGUUUAACUCCUCAGCUUCUAAUCAUGUUGACUGGAGAAACACCAUCCUGGCUCCUUAAAGUUUUAUAAUAUUCAUGAUUCAUUAUUUCAAUGUCAUUCCAUUCCAUGUAGUCUCAUGCACGUGUUUGUGUGUGUGCGUGUGUGUGAGCUGUAUCAUAUUGCUUCACAUUAUCAUCAUCAUCAUCAUCAUUCUUGAAUGAACAGAGGAUUUAUGGAGUGUACAUAGUGAAUUUUAUGUACCAUAUAGUUCAAAUGUGUGAGACGAAAGGCAUGAAUUGAUAUUGCAAGAUUCAUGUACAGUAACAAUUAUCUGCAAUGCAAGAUUCUACACCCUACUAAAGAAAUAUAACUCAUGUUUUGGAUGAUUGUAUUGUCUAUUAAGAGUCUGAAAGGUAUGAAUUCAUAUGCUCUAACACAGAGUUAACGCCCUCCCGGCUCUCAACAGACGAUCACAUGAUAGACAAGCUUGUCACGAAACAAGAACAAAUUAAUACUCAUUCAUUGUAAAUGUCGUAGUAGAUAUUAUGAAGCUCACCUUCAUGUACAUACAGAUACAGAAGUUUUCUUUCGUCUUCAAACUUGUAAAAAGAAUGAAAUGUGUGUUUUCAUUAUUGUGAUAAGUACAGCAAUGUUAUCAAAGACCCUGUGCAAUGAGUGAAGUGGAUAUUAUCGAGACUCUUCAUAAGAGUCGAGCGUGUAUUUUUUUUAAAGGAAAGAGAACAUAUUUUGAAUUUGUAAAAUAUGUGAAUAUUUUGACGAUGGGGCUCCAUGAUGUGUAUAAGUUUUUAUUUUGAUCAGCAUUGAUGUUACAUAGAAUGUCCCAAGAUUUGUAAGUGUAUGCAGUAUGAAAUAUAGAUAAGAUAUCUUAAAUGGGGGGGGGGGGGGGGGGAGAAAAUAGUAGGUGAGAACUGAAAACAUAAACGUGCUUUUUAGCAGGGUAGAUUUAUGAUUUGAGAUUAUGGUUUGACUAUUGCAGUAUGCUUGAAGUUUCAACUCGAAGAGGUUUUUGGUGAUUUCCUUCCUUUAAUUGCGGGAAAUUUGUGGGUUUUUCAUCUCAAAGGGACAAUCUCUUUGUGAGACAACCAUAAUAUAUCUUAACUCAAUAUGUGUGGCAAUGUUGGAUCAAAUUUUUUUUUUUGAGAGAGAGAGAGAAUUACAUGAAGGUAUGUAGUUCUUGAAGUGUGGUACAAAGGUUCAACAAAUUUGUUGGUUUUUUUUUUCAAAUUGAAAAGAUCUGUGUUAAUUAUUUUGAGAUAUCUGAAAUGUUGAUUAUUCAUAUUCAUAUGCCAGUAUACAUUAUGUAUGUGACAAACUUUUCUUUCAUAUAGAAUGGGCCUUUUUGCACAGUGUUACGCCAGCCUUAAAUUUAAGUGAUAUUUUAAUGAUAAUCCAUGCUUUUUCAAUUUAUUCAUCAACUUGCUGUCAUUCACCGAUGAGUUAAAAACUCAAAUGUUCAUUUUCAUGUGGAAAAGUUAAUUGUUUUGUAAUUUAUUCAUAUUCUUUCAUCUUUUCAUUACUUUCAAUGAUAUUAAUUUAGAUCGAAAUCAAGGUCGUAAAAUGUAAUGAGGUUUUCUUCGCCCAUCUCUGAUAUUGUAUAGUGCUUUGUAAUGUAAACUUGUUCUUAUCCAUAUACAACAUCGCUGGACUUGUGUCAUAUUUCAUGCAUCAAAUUGUAGAAAUUAAACUAUUAUCUCCUUGAGGAACUACAUUUAUACAAUCAAAACCCUUUUCCGUGAUCUAUAAAUUCAAAUAUUGGAAUCCACAUAUAUUGGAACAUGAAUUAAUCCUUAAUUUAUUGAAACAUGAAUUAAUCAUUGGUCAAUUCAGCAAACUAUUUAAAUUUGUAAUAUAUUCCUAACCACAUUCUCUUCAGUGAGGCAAUAGAUAUUUAUUGGUAGCAAACAGUUAUUUAUACAUCAUAUUAAACAUGCCACCUUUGCCUUUUAUAAAAUAAAUUAAUUCAUCUGAUCAUUUUUACAAUGUAGUCCCAACAUUCCAAAAAAUUUGAUAUGUUUUGCCCUUGUAUUUUGCGUGCCAUUAUCAGAUGAGAAAAUAAUCCAUUUCCUUUACAGAAGUCACGGAUGUGGGAUGAAUAAAAGAAAAUGAAAAUGUCAAAUAUGUUUCUUAAUGUAAUUUUAAUACUGAUGUGUGGGUUGUAUUAAACCUACACUUUAGAUAUGUGAUGAAUUUCUUUUCUUUGUGUCUUUAUUUAUUGAAACCUGUAAAAGGUAGUGCAAAUGAAUUAUUAUGAGGUCCAUAGUAAGGUUGUAUUCCAUGUGUUAAUAAUCAGCUUCGUUUUGUUAUGUUUGUGAUUUUUACAGGGAUUAAAACACUCUGUUCACUUUGAA